CUAUGGCUGGGAGUGGUUAUACGGACCUGCGAGAGAAGCUGAAAUCGAUGAUGCCUUACCGGGACAACUACAAAAGCGGCAGCCAGAAGGACUCCACCGAGCCCCCCUACGGCGCGACCGGCGGAGCCUCCAAGCGCAAAUACCGGAAGGACUCCGACUCCGAGGCCAGCGACUGUGAGGAGCGCCAGCGGGAAGAGGAGGAGGCUCAGAAGGUGAAGAGCGGCAUCCGGCAGUUCCGCCUCUUCAGCCCCGAGGAGUGCACCAAGAUCGAGUCCCGCAUCGACGAGGUGGUCUCCCGGGCCGAGAAGGGGCUUUACAAAGAGCACACGGUGGACAGGGCCCCUCUCCGGAACAAGUACUUCUUCGGGGAGGGCUACACGUACGGGUCGCAGCUGCAGCGGCGGGGGCCCGGCCAGGAGCGGCUGUACCCCCGGGGGGAGGUGGACGCCAUCCCCGACUGGGUCCACGACCUCGUCAUCAGGCGGCUGGUGGAGCACCAGGUCAUUCCCGAGGGCUUCGUGAACAGCGCUGUGAUCAACGACUACCAGCCGGGGGGUUGCAUCGUCUCCCAUGUGGACCCCAUCCACAUCUUCGAGCGGCCCAUCGUCUCCGUGUCCUUCUUCAGUGACUCGGCCCUCUGCUUUGGCUGCAAGUUCCAGUUCAAGCCCAUCCGGGUCUCUGAGCCAGUCUUCUUCCUGCCCGUGAGGAGAGGGAGCGUCACCGUGCUCAGUGGCUACGCAGCUGAUGAAAUUACACACUGCAUCCGACCACAGGACAUCAAGGAGAGAAGAGCCGUCAUCAUCCUUCGGAAAACCAGACUAGACGCUCCCCGGCUGGAGACCAGGUCCCUGAGCAGCUCCGUGCUAACGCCGGGCUACGCCUCUGACCGCCUGUCCGGAAGCAACAGGGACCUCGUCCUGAAACCAAAGAGGUCCCAUCGCAAAGCGGAUCCGGAUGCCGCUCACCGGCCUCGGAUUUUAGAAAUGGAUAAAGAGGAGAACAGGCGCUCGGUCCUCUUGCCCAAACACAGGAGGCGGAGCCACUUCAGCUCGGAGAACUAUUGGCGAAAGUCUUACGAGUACACGGAGGACUUAGACGAAGAGGAGGAGGAUGGGAGCCCGGCCCGGAAAGUGAAAAUGCGGCGGCAUUGAGAGAGUGUGGUCUUCCUCUCCCCCACUCACCGUUCCUU